AUGUCUGCUUCUGAAGGUGUAACGACUGAGGCCGCCACCACGGAGCCUACUACUGGCCGAGGGAAGCCUGAUGGACAUAGAUUGGAUCAGAUCCCUACUGUAGAUCUAUUAGGGGAGAUAAGACGACGUCAGGCCAUAUUAUCAAGGCCAGAGAGGAGGGUCCUCCUUACUGGACCGCAGGGUGCUGGGGUUGGUAUUGCUACACAGGCAGCUAGGUUGGCUAGGGCAUGGGGUAUAUGUGAUAUCAAUCAUCAACAGCUUAUAGAAGAAGGAGGGGAGGAAGUGGAGGAGGGUGGGGUGCCUGUAGUAGUAGAUGCUAUGAAGGCACCUCAAUGCCGUAGAGGUUUUGUAUUGCAUCAUAUACAUCCUGAUAACUCGGCAUUAUCUAUUAUGAAGAUUGAUAAGGAGUUAGAACACUUUGGUAUGAGCCCAAUAGACACUGCUGUCAUCAUAGAACCUAAGAAGAUCGUCUCGGAGGAGGACGAUACGGCAUCAGUAGAGUUGAAGAAGACGUUACUGCAGAGGAUAUCUGGUAGACUCUAUCAUAAACCCUCUGGAAGGGUUUAUAAUGUAUCAACACCUGGAUGCCAACCUAAAGUGUCUGGAGAGGAUGACCUCACUAAUGAGCCUCUCACUAUGGGUAAAGAACCCUCUAUGAACAUGAUAAGUACAGCAUUGGAUGAAUGGUUUGGGCCUAUAAGGAAGUCUGUAGUAGAAUAUUUAACUAGGUCGGGUAAGCUAGUAUUACCAUCGAUAGAUGGUAUGCAAAGCCCUAAUGAGGUGGCUCAGGAGGUACUACGGCAUGUUACCAAAGGUCCUUCUAUGAAAGCAUCAGACAGCAAUGAAUAAUCCUAUCCUAUCU